AUGCCGGCAAAGAGAAGCAAAGAUGCCAAACCCUCGGAGGGAUCUGGCAAAUUGGUCGUCACGGCCCAGCAGAGCCGGUUCCAUACCGAGAUGGACGAGGAAAAUAAUUUAAAAGAGAUUAUCGUCAAAGACCUCUCCAUCUCCAUCUCCAACCGCGAGUUGUUGUCUCAUGCCACGCUGAACCUCCAACGCGGACGCCACUACGUUCUGCAUGGGAGGAAUGGCAUCGGCAAGUCGACUUUAUUACGAGCGAUUGGCGAGGACCAGGUACCGAAUAUCCCGAGAGGAGUGAAAGUACUACUCUUGGGACAGACGCAAGCCUCCCCGGCUCUGGAAGACGGGCUCGGCAGUUUGGCGUUGGAGGAUAUGAGUGUUCUGGAAUAUGUCGUGAGGAGCGAUGAAGUCAGGGAGAAGUUGAUGCGGGAAUCAGCGAUAUUGGAGAAGGCGUUAGAAGCGAGUGGGACUGAUAUGAUGGCGGCGGUGCGGGCGUUGAGGAAAGUGGAGUUUGACAGGCUGAGCAAAAGACUUCAUGAAUGGAGACAGAUCGCUGAGAGGAGGAGUGGAGCCAGGGGGAAGGAGUCGAGAAAAGUCCUUAUAGCCCUAGAAGAGGAGAUGAAGGUUGCCGAGGAGAGGCUUGAGGGUGAUGUGAGUGUGGAGGAGAUGAGUAGCGAGACAAAGAGAGCGGCGGAGUUGUUGAGCGAAGUGCAGACAAGCCUUGAGUUGAUGGACGCCGCCGGCGCCGAAGCAAAAGCACGAUCCGUACUCCUCGGUCUAGGCUUCUCCCAAGAAAGCAUCGACAAACCACGCUCCCAGCUCUCCGGUGGCUGGAAAACCCGCUGCAGCCUCGCCUGUGCGCUCUGCCAAUCCGUCGACCUCCUCCUCCUGGACGAACCUACCAACUUCCUCGACCUCCCCUCAAUCAUCUGGCUAGAACGCCACCUACAAUCCAUGGACUCCACCACAACCGUCAUGGUCGUAACCCACGACCGAGCCUUCGGAGACGAAGUCGCAGAAGAACUCAUGGUGCUUCGAGAACAACAACUCUCCCGCUUCAAGGGCAAUCUCUCCGCCUACGAGACCGAUCGACUGAAGCAGUACAAGUACCUCACGCGGAUGAAAGACGCCCAGGAGAAACAGAAGAAACAUAUCAAGGAGACGAUCGAAGGGAACGUGCAAGCGGCGAAACGAGCGGGCGAUGACAAGAAACUGAAGCAGGCUGCGUCGAGGAAGAAGAAGCUGGACGACCGUAUGGGAAUGCAGGUUUCUGCCAAGGGAGGGAGAUUUAAGCUGAAUCGCGAUCUGGCCGGGUACCACACCAGCAAACGGGAUGGUAUCGAGGUCCCGACGUUCGACCCUCCGGCUACGAUGGUCGUUCCUCUCCAACCGGCGGAUUUGAGGUUUCCUGGUGCGUUGGUAUCGUUUGAAGGAGUUUCGUUCUCGUAUGGUAAGAAGGAGAUCUUGAAAGAAGUGAAUCUAACGAUUCAUCCCGGUGACUGCGUGGGGAUCGCUGGGUUGAAUGGAUCAGGGAAAUCGACAUUGGUAUCUCUGGCGAUGGGCAAUUGCAUGGGAAAGGGCAGUGCACUGAAAGGCUCAAUACAGCGACACACCCGAGCCAGAAUCGGACUCUACAGCCAACUCGCAGCCGAAGAGCUCGAAUCCAUCUCUGCCGAACGGCCCUCCCUAACCGCCCUAACCCACCUCUUGGAAUUCGCCAACCUCUCCCCCGACGACGAACAACCCGCCCGCGGCAUCCUCUCCGGUGUCGGUCUCGCAGGACGAAUCGCCUCCGACGUCCCCAUCGCCCUCCUCUCAGGCGGCCAGAAAGUGCGUCUCGCUCUGGCCAAGAUUUUCUGGAAUCCACCACAUUUAUUGAUCUUGGAUGAGGUGACAACGCAUUUGGACACGGAUACGAUUCAGGCGUUGGUGACGGCGUUGAGGGGGUAUGAAGGCGCGAUCUUGGUCGUCACGCACGAUCGGUUCUUUAUGAAGACUGUGGUGGAGGGGGUGUCGAUGAGAAGUCUUGCGGCGCAGUCGAGGCCGGAGGAUGAGGAGGAGGAAGAUGAAAGUGAAGAGGAUAGUGAGGACGAUGAAGGUGGUGAUGGGAUCAAGAGGCCGAGGACCGUGUAUCGUCUUUCGAGGGGGAAGUUGAUCAAGUUGGAUCGAGGCAUGGAGCAGUAUGAGGAGAUUGCUGCGAGGUCCGCGACGAAGCUUGGGAAGACGUGA